AUGCCCGAAGCGACAACCACGCAGCUCAAGCGUAAGCGAGCAGUUGCCGACGACCCUAACACGCGAUCCGCGCCAGCUUACAGCGUCGAAGCCUCGGCGAUGGAUCAGCUCUCAGCUUUCAACUCGGAUGCGCAGCCAAAUGGCAACGCAAACGCUGCAUCUGAUACUGCCGCUGCUGCCCUUGCCCACUAUCCAAUCGCCAAUGAUACAUCUUUUCAGACACAGGCUUCGACUGGGGACUACACAGAUGCCGGCUACGGUCUUGACCAGCUUAAAGAGUCUCCGACGCAAGCACAGACGACGCAGCAGUCGUCAAACAUUGGCACAACCCCAUCCAAGCCUGUGGUUGGAUCUGACGAAUGGCAUAAGAUUAGAAAGGAUAAUCACAAAGAAGUCGAGCGGCGGCGUCGAGAAACGAUCAAUGAAGGUAUCAAUGAGCUUGCCAAGAUUGUGCCCGGCUGCGAGAAGAACAAAGGUUCAAUCUUGCAACGUGCGGUCCAAUAUAUUGGUCAACUCAAGGAAGCCGAAACAACCAAUCUCGAGAAGUGGACUCUGGAAAAGCUACUGCUUGAUCAGGCUAUCAACGAGCUUAGCCAGACCUGUGACCGCCUCAAAGCUGAUUACCAGAAGGCUUGGGAGGAAAAGGAAGCCUACAGACAGGCAUGUGAAGAACAUAAUCUGACUGUCGAGAUCAAGCCUCGAGAGGAAUCAACCACGACUGCCCCAGAAAGCUGA